UGUUCGAUGUCGAGACAUCUGACAUACGCUGCAAACGCACGGUCACGAGGGCACCCCGUAAUCCGAGUGUUCGCGUCGACGCGUCUCACACGACUCCGUCCUGCCACCGAGCCGCUACCCCCAGGCAGAAUUGUCGCGCUACUCUCACACACACCUCCUACUCUGAGCUAUCAUGCUAGCCCGCCGUGGUACCCGCUUCCUCGCACGCUCCUCUUCCCUACCCCGGCGCGCAUUCUCCACCACUCAUUCUCGCUCAGCCGUCUACGUCCUUCCGGUCGAUCCGCAGUCACCAUCGUCCGACGUCGCUGAUGUCGAUGCUUCGGCACUCUGGAAGUCUGUGCCUGCAUCCAAAGACAAGAAGUCAGCCAAGGCAGGAACCACCCGUAUUUUCUAUGACACCCCGCGUGGUACACAAGGCAAAGACGUCACAACGCUGACGAGCCUCGGGGACAAGUGGGCAACGAAAACCGGUGAGGAGCGGAGGGAGGUCGUCAGACGGGCAGUCGGGAGUGCAGUGAAGGCCGUCAAGGCUUUCGGCGACGGCGUAGAUGGCGAGAAGGUGCUCGUGGAUGCGAGCGCAGACCCGCAUGCCGCAGCCGUUGCGGCACAUCUGGCGCUGUAUGACUUCACCCUCAAGACCAAGCCUCCAUCACGGUUCGACCCUCGGAACACUGACCCGCUGCCGGAGAAGCUAGACCUUCGAUCGCUCGCAGAAGGAGAUGCAAAGGCAUGGGAUGAGGGCGUCAUAUAUGCGCGUGCACAAAAUCUUGCUCGGACGCUGGCUGAGCUACCAGGGAACAUGAUGACGCCUACAGCCUUCACAGAACGUGUUCGAGCCGAAUUUACGGGGCUUCCGAACGUUGAGAUACAUGUACGCGACCAAGAGUGGGCUUCCGAGAAGGGCAUGCGAACGUUUCUGUCGGUUGCGAAAGGUUCCUCUGAGCCUUGCAGGUUCCUUGAGAUCCAUUACAAGGGAGCUGAGAGUGAUGCGCAACCGCUCAUGUUUGUUGGCAAAGGCGUAACCUUCGACACGGGAGGGAUUUCGAUCAAGCCGGCUGCCGGCAUGGAGCUUAUGCGUGGUGAUAUGGGCGGAGCUGCUGCAGUUUGCUCGGCUGCACUGGCUGUUGCUCAAUUGAAGCUUCCAGUCAACCUCGUCGUUCUCUGCCCUCUCACGGAGAACAUGCCAGGCCCCUCCGCUAACAAGCCUGGCGAUAUUGUGUACGCGAUGAACGGCAAGUCCGUGCAGAUCGAUAACACGGACGCGGAAGGCAGGCUCAUCCUGGCUGAUGCCUUGUACUACGGUACGACGGCCUACAGGCCUCACUCCGUCGUGGACGUCGCAACGCUCACUGGGGCGAUGAUGGUCGCACUCGGCGAAGUCUACACAGGUGUCUUCACGAACUCUGACACAUUGUGGCAAGACCUCGACAAAGCCGGGAAGAUGGAACAUGACCUGUUCUGGCGUAUGCCCCUCUCGGAUGCAUACGCGCCUCAGAUCACCAGCUCGAACGCCGACCUUUGUAACAUCGGCGGACGCUCUGCAGGUAGCUGCACUGCCGCGCUGUUCCUGAAGUCGUUCGUCGAGGGUGUCGAUCCAUCAGAACCAAACAGCGGCGAGCCAGACGUGCGGUGGGCACACUUGGAUAUCGCGGGCACCAUGGAGACCUCUCGCGGGAACGAGUACCAAGGAAAGGGCCUUACUGGGCGGCCUACGAGAGCUUUGAUCGAGUUUGUAAAGCAAUCCGUCGUAUGACCUUACGAUGGUUGAAUACAUGUAGAGGCUCCCGUCGUCUCACACAUUGAACUAACAGUGUGUAUGCGUUUCGCACACGGCGACACCGCAAAUCUCCCUCGCUCGUGAUGCAC